AUGACAGAUAGAUUAUUAAUUGCUGGUGUGUCAGCUUUAGUUCAUAGUAAUGUUCACAAUCAAAAGUUUGGAACCUCUACACCUUUAAGUCUUUCGAAAUUGCAUAAGAGCAUGUUCUCAAGUGGCCCAGUCUCAAAGGUGAAGACACCAGCUUCGGUAAAGGUGAAAAGUGAACCGAAUGACGACGACGAUCAAGAAGGUGAAAAAACAGUGAUUUAUAUGUCUGAUUUCACUGGAAUGAAGGUCCCACUCGAAAUCAGUAUCGACAGUACAAUCUCACAGAUAAAAUCCUGUUUUUGUUCAAAGGUGAAUCGUAGCAUCGAUGAAGUUGCAUUGGUUUACAGUGGAAUAAGACUUGCCGAUCCCGAAAAAAGAUUAUCCGAUUACAACAUCCAGAAGCAUUCGACUGUCCAUGUCUUACCGGUAAAGAAGAGUGUCCAACAACCAAAUGAUUUUCAUCUGGACGUAGCUACACUUGCAUCAAACUAUAACUAUGACUUUAGAGGUAUUGUAGCUGAUGGCCAAGUAUACUACCGCGGAGGACAACGCUAUGAACGACCAGUUGGCUAUAUGCGUUAUGCUAUUAAUGUUCUUGAUCAAUACCUUGGUGGUAAUCAAUGGCUUGGUGUGAAGGGACGUCCUAGUGAAACACAGUCGGCACCGGGUGAAUGGAUUGUUUCUUAUCACGGAACUACCACCGAUGAAUUCGGUAGCAUGUCUAACGAUGGUUAUAGAAUUUCAAAAUCCGAGAAAAAGGAUUUCAAUCAGGGAAUCUAUUCGACACCAAGCAUCAAGUUGGCAGAGAGAUUCGCACAAAAGUUUCAGUUCGAUGGUGCUCAGUAUUUGGUAAUCUUACAGAAUCGAGUCAAUCCGAAUACAGUCGAAAAACUUGGUAAUGGUACUUAUUAUCUUUCACCAAAUGAAAAUGAUGUCAUACCGUAUGGAAUUUGUAUCAAGAAAAUAUAA